AUGCAUCAGCACUAUGACUGUGGAGGAGGGAAGGAGGCCGCCUGGCGGCGGUUCCUUGGCGGCUUAGGCAAGACGCAUCUUCCCCGGCCUGACACGCAUGACGACUCCAACGGCCACCAUGCCCAGCCCCACGACAAAGGCGAGGACGCGCUGGACUUUCCACCCGCGCAUCUGGGACCACGUCGCGAACAUGCCGGCGAGGAAGGCCGUGAACAUGCUCAGAAACAGGAGGAUGUACCCCGAGAUGCUGCCGUUAGCCACAUCAGACCCACAGCCAUGUAA